UUUGAGAUAUCAGGCUAUGCUGAUUGGUUCUGGACUGGUCACGUGUUUCGUCAGCGCCAUGUUAGCUACAGUAAGAGUAAACAUAACCAGCGAGCCAUCCGAUCCGAUAUAGAAUUAAAUUUAACACAUCAAUUAAACUACACACUUAAAUUAUUAUUAUGCCAUACUGCUGUGCAUAUGCCUGUAGUGUAAGACCGGGUCAGGGUAAAAAACUACACCGUUUCCCCCGUGAUUUAAAAAGGAGGAAGUUAUGGGAGAGUAAAGUCAGAAGGAAGAAUUGGAGUGCUACAGAUUGCUCCGUGUUGUGUGAGGAUCACUUUGAUGAAAAACAAUACGAGAGUGGCAGAGCUGAUGGCCUAAGGAAACUCAGACCAAAUGCAGUCCCAACAGAGUUCACCUUCACACGACGAAAGUGCCCUUGGAGACCCAUCAAGUGUAGGACCGAAGAUGAACUGUGUCCUGGUGCGCAGGAACAGAUAGGCCUACCUGUAGGCCUACAGAUAGGCCUACCGGUACAUGUUGACCAUUCUUAUUGUUCUACAGAAAGCCAUAAUUCUACAUCAGUUCAAACAGAUAUUCAAGUUGACCGUGACCAGUUCAAUCUGAUGGACAAUGCAUGCACUAACAAAGCUGUAAGCGGGGAGACAGCCAGCAGUGAGACGGCCAGCAGGGAGAGGGCCAGCAGUGAGACAGCCAACAGGGAGACGGUCAGCAGGGAGACAGCGGGCAGGGAGAAUGUCAGCAAGGAGAUGACAAACUUGGACAAACAACUGAACACCUUGAAGAACCAGGUAUCCUCACUCCAGCGGGCUCUUAUUAAAGAAAGGAAAGAGAAGCUGAAGGCUAUCAAGCAGAGAAAACAACUUGAAGCAAAUAUUUCAGGUGUCUUCAAUACAAAUCAGCUUUACAAACUCAGCCAAGCAAGUACACGGGGGACAAAAUGGUCAGCUGAAACGAUCAAAAAAGGCCUACAAUUAUAUUUAGCGUGUGGUGCUACUGGAUACGAUCUGCUUAUUGCCCAAAAUCAACCUCUGCCAUCAGCUAGAUCACUACGAAGAAGACUGGAAGUUCGCUCACAGCUCUGAAAGAAUUCAAGGAAGGCUGCUUGGUGUUCUCCACAGAUGUCUGCUGGGAACUUUUUGAAAAGGCAUCAGCUGUUUAGGGCCAGUGAAGACCACUUUGCUGGUAAAGAGAAUCUUCUACUGACACUUGUAAGUCAAGCAGAGCAUGUCAUGCAGUACAUCCAUUUACCAACCUGUCAUGGUUUGAAACA